CAUAGGGAGCCCUUUCCUGUUUCGCUUAGGUGGUGAAGGUGCAACAUUGAUCGGUCGUCCCGAAUCCGGGUUCAUCCGACACCCUCACCAAUUUAACCUGAACUGAGCUCAACGGCAACACCAUGCCUCCUAAAUUCGAUCCCAACGAGAUUAAGAUUGUGUACAUGAGGUGCACAGGAGGUGAAGUCGGUGCCACUUCCUCUCUGGCCCCUAAAAUCGGACCUCUUGGUCUGUCUCCCAAGAAAGUGGGUGAUGACAUUGCCAAGGCCACCGGGGACUGGAAGGGCCUGAGAAUUACAGUCAAGCUGACCAUCCAAAACAGACAGGCAGCAAUUGAGGUGGUACCCUCUGCUUCAGCUCUCAUCAUCAAAGCCCUAAAGGAGCCUCCUCGUGACAGGAAGAAAGUCAAGAACAUCAAGCACUCGGGCAGUGUUCCGUUUGAUGAAAUUGUCAACAUCGCCCGCAUCAUGAGGCCACGCUCCAUUGCCAGGGAGCUCUCUGGAACCAUUAAGGAGAUCCUGGGCACAGCUCAGUCUGUGGGAUGCACCAUAGAUGGCCGCCUGCCCCAUGACGUCAUUGACGACAUCAACAGCGGCAAAGUGGAAUGCCCAUCCGAGUAAAGUGACUGAAGACAAUAAAAUUGCUUUAAGACUC